AUGGGACUUCCAGAGCACAUCGAAACUCGCCUGUUCAUCAAUGGGGAGUUUGUCGAGUCUUCCGAUGGCAAAACCUUUGAUAUAACCAACCCCGCCACACUAAAACAUGUCGCAAAGGUUUACGAGGCAUCGGAACAAGACACUGACCGAGCAGUCGCCUCGGCCAAAGCUGCAUUCCCGUCAUGGUCAACCCUAUCGCCAGCCCAACGUGCACCUUACUUCAAGAAACUUGCUGCGUUGAUACGCGAAAACAAUGAUGAGCUUGCUGCUCUUGAAGCUGCGUCAAUGGGAAAGCCAGUCGGGACAUUUUUCGAUGGCUUUGCGGCGGCUGGAAAAUUUGAUCACUACGCAGAAGCUGGCCAUACUGUCCAGGGAACCACCAGUGUACAGACCCCCGGGUUCCUGAACUUGACUUUACGACAGCCGUACGGUGUCGUGGCUGCUAUCAUCCCUUGGAACGUUCCUCUGCUCUUCCUGGCAGGAAAGGUAGCUCCUGCACUUAUCGUGGGUAACACAGUCGUGGUAAAGAGUAGCGAGAAGGCCCCUCUGACUUCUGCGAAACUAGCCACACUAGUCCAAAAAGCUGGAUUCCCUCCUGGUGUCUUCAACAUAAUCACCGGAUUUGGAAAUGUCAGCGGAUCCAUGUUGAGUCACCAUAUGGACGUACGCGCUCUGUCGUUCACGGGAUCAGGACGCACAGGCCGGAUCAUUCAAGCGGCUGCUGCCAAGUCGAACUUGAAGGCAGUCUAUCUGGAACUGGGCGGCAAGUCCCCAGCAGUCAUCUUCGAAGACGCCGACCUCGAAAAAGCAGUUCAAGAGACCGGCUACAGCGUCCAGUCGAACAGCGGACAGGUCUGCAUGAUGAACUCCCGUAUCUAUGUGCAGGAUACGGUAUUUGACAAAUACCUCGAACUCUUCAAGGAAUUCCUUACUAGCAAGGUAAAUGUUGGCGACCCUCUAGAGAAGGGCAUCAACCACGGUCCUCAGGCGGACGAGGUCCAGCACCAAACUGUUCUUCGAUACUUGGACAUGGGCAAGCAGUCCGGUGAUCUGGUUCUCGGUGGAUCGGCACCCUCAGACCGGGAAGGAUACUACAUCCAGCCAACGGUUUUCACUAAUACUCCUGAAGAUGCUCAGAUCAUGAGAGAGGAAGUAUUCGGACCGGUCGUAAAUAUCAAUGUUUUCAAGACGGAAGAAGAAGUCCUUGCCAAAGCGAACGACACCGAGUAUGGGCUGUACGCAGCAGUCUACACACGGGACAUCAGCCGGGCAUUGCGAUUUGCGAAGGGUCUUGAAGCUGGCACAAUCGGCGUCAACUGCACAAGUCCCACGACCGGAGUAAAUGACACGCCUUUCGGAGGCUACAAGUCCUCCGGCACAGGGAGAGAAGGAGAGCCAUUCUACUCACUGAGCAACUUCCUUGAAACGAAGUCAGUAAGCAGGGAUUGUGGUUCUGUCGUCUGCGAACGUGUGGGGGCUCACUAUUCCGGCGCUUCAGUUCCUGGGCCUUGUCGAUACUGCGCGCGCACUGGGUCGGUAUGCCAGAUUGCGACACCUCGCCGCAAGCGGCCCUACUACCAUGUCACCGAGGAGGAGUACCAGUGCGCCAUGCGUAUAUUGGAGCACUUCUUUCCGGAUCGUGAACUCAAUCUAGUCUCGCUUAGACAGAUUGCCCAAGACGUCGUCGACGGAAGGCUUGUGGGGUCAGUCGCUGAAGGCGAACCUCUGCCCUCGGUCAGUGAAGAGACUACGCCGGAUGAAGGGGAUUCAUUACACGAAGCAGAGCCCGUGCUCGAUUCGGUGAACGAUCUACAUGAACCCCUGGGAACCAUGAUGAAAGACUCCACGGGUCGAUAUCGAUACAUUGGUGCACAUUCGGAAAUCCCUUUCAAUGCUGCCGUCUGCUCAAUGGGCAGAGAAGCAGAGUUACGGAGGAAUCCCAACAUUAUCGGGCCUCCUAAGGUCGGACUCUAUCCUCCGCCCCUUCCCACAGCAAUGACCAAUGAGAUCGGAUCACCCGGUCGCUCCUUCUUUCUUCCGCGGCGGGAGCUUUGUGACUACUACAUCUCUAGGUUUCUCGAGGAUGUACACUGUACACAUUGGUUCUAUUCAAUUGAGCAGUUCCUGUACCGGGUGGAGUCGACCUACACUGGCAAGGCGGGAAAGUUGAGUAACUCAUGGAUGUGCUCACUGUACGCCAUCCUGGGACUGGGCGCCGCCAAUUAUGAGGAACCCAGCGGACAGUCACCGCUGCCUCCUGGCUCACCUGCCGCGUCAGAUGAGAAGUCAUCAGAAGACUACAUUGCGCUCGCAAAGGAGCUGAUACCUGCAGUGUACGAUGAGGCAGAUAUCGACAGCAUACGUGCGCUAGCUAUCAUGAGCAUCGCAUUGGAGAAUCUCUGCUCAAGGACAGCAUCGUACCUCUACAUGGGCGCAAGUAUCCAGGUGGCGUAUUCGCUGGGCCUGCACCGAGACUCCAUCACGGACUCUGGAGCGUCGAUGGAGCGCGAACAAAACCGUCGCAUCUGGUGGACACUCUUCAACCUCGACCUAGAGAUUGCGUCCCGAGGCGGAAGCCCCACCCUAAUCGACGAACGGUACCUCCGCAUAACCACGCCCUUGCCCUCCGAGCAGAUACUCUACCCCGGCAUGCACACACCCCUCUCCUGGCUCACAACCUCCGUCUCCCUCUGCCGCCUCAAGCGCGAAAUAAUUCAAGCCGUCUACACCGAGCGCUUCCUCAACUCCCGCACGCUCCCCUUCACCACCGUCUCCAAGCUCCUCCUCUCCCUGCAGGGCUGGCAACAACUCAUGCCGCCGCACCUCAAACACGACGUCCCCGCCCCACCAACCCACAAGCGCGCCGUUGCCGUGCUCCACCUCCAGUAUUGGGCCGCCACAAUCCUGCUCUGCCGGCCGUUCCUGCUGUAUCUUGUGCUGAAGCACAGCACGCUCCCGCCGAGCAAGAAAGUCUGGUUCGAACGGAUGGGCAAGACGACGAUCGAUGCGGCUCAGAAGAGUCUUGCCAUCUUGCAGGCCAUGGCGUCUGAGUCUACGCUGUCUAGCCUGACCGCCUUCGACUCUACAUGCCUCCUCCGGCUCGUUAUGGUGUUCAUCCUGGCGUUCGCGCACACGAAGCAGCCGCAGUACCGGUCGCACAUCGAAGCCACCAUCGCGUUGAUGAAAGGCCUCGAACAGAUCGGCUUCUCCAAAAUGGUUGCGGAAGAAACACCCCUCCGGCUUGCCGACCUGGGUAUCCCCAUCAUCGAAAAGCGAGGCGAGGGAGCGCAGACGCAGCUUGUGCUGGAUGACGAGCUGAUUGCACAGCUGUGGGGCAAUCUGGAUCCGAACUUCAUGACACCCCUGCAGACGCAGCAGAGUCUGGACCUCGCGUUCGACGACACGAACUACUCGGAUUUGAAUAGCGAGAUGAUGCAGUUGACGGGGUUGGAUGACUCGAUUGUGCUGGAUGCGAAUCACCCUUAUUCGGGCUUCGACUUCCGGUAA